UCCCCGCGCUGCCCGCCAAGCCGAGGGCCGGGAGUUCGCUCUGAGGCGCUGCCUGGGCGCGGGUGUCGGGAUGUUCCAGGGCCGCAGCGCCUGGUUCUCGCAGAGCGUCAGCCGGGAGCUCCGCGAUUUGUGGGGACUGGAGACACUGACCUCAAAUAGAAAGGUGCUCUGAACAUACUGGAGGUAAUAAUCCUAAACCAAGAGUGCCAUAUGCGCUCAAUGUGCCCAUUUUUCUGCAGUGGCUGAAGGAGGAGUGAUUUCAACUCAUCAUGGUGCUGAUUACCUGUUCAGCAGUGAUGCUUCACACCCUGAUACACAGAGGUACACUUUGUAGGUUUGACUCUUGUAGCUGUUUGGCUGUGUUCUUAUCUGUAAGAAUACACCAGAGCCUAGAUUAUAUAGAGGGUAAAGCUACAAUUUUUCAUUCUUGUUAUCUCUCUGCAAAUGCAAGUGCCAGCUCUGAAAUGAAACAGACAGUGGCUUUGGGUCACUUCAUCCUUCCCCCUGCCUGUGUACAAGAAGAAAUUAGAAGAAAACUUGGUAGUUUUAUAUGGGAGCAGAUGAAUGAUUCCCUGAUGGAACAGCUUGAUGAAUUAACACCAGUUGAAAUAAAGACUAGCAUAAAAGAGGAUGAGCAAAGAAUAAAGGGCAAAAAAGACCUGGAUGGAAGCGGUAAAGAAAAAAGAGUAUCAAAAACACCAGUGGGAGGGAAACUUGCAUACUGUCCACUUCAGGAUUAUCCAGUGAACAACAUGGUGACAGGUUAUGUCUCUUCUAGUGAGAUGAAGAAAUACCUUGGGGAACUACAUGACUUCAUUCCUGGCACUUCAGGCUACUCGGUAUAUUGGAUUAAAAAUGAGAUGGACAUUUUCUGUGAUGUGAAAAAUAAAUUGAAAAGAAAACUAUAAAUGACAUUUAAAUUGUUUGUAUCAAAAACAUAACUUGGCUUUGCUAAAACAUUGCUAAAUAUACGUAUGUCCGUUUAAUAACAUCCCAUCUUUAGCAUUGUA